AUGGCGCGCCAAGUACGAUCAAGUUUCGAUAAUAAGGCAACAUUCGAGCCUUACUCGGCCGUGCAUCCGCCGUUGAAUCACCACACCCCUAUGCCAGUGACCCUGAGGACACUCUAUGAAUUCAAGAGCAAGAACGCAUGGUCAGGGGUCAAGGUCGCAGCAUUUGUGUUUCACCAACUAUACACCAAGCGCAAGAUUGUGAGGGCUGAGGUGCAGAUGCACGUCGAGGAUGCUUUGAACGGUCGCAAAGGCAAGUCAUGUGAGAGCCUUAAGAUUGUUGAGCGUAUGAUUCAAGUAAUGGCGGAAGAGGAGGCGGUCCCAGUGUCCAAGCCCGUCAACAAGUGCCUCGCAGAACUUGCCGGAAAUCUCAGUGACGAGAUUACCAACCUGAACAACACAGACGUCAUGGAUGCUGUUGUGAAGAAAAUCAAUAUGUAG